GGCCUGACGCUGGUACUGCAAGCACAAUGGCCAGCUACUUUGCAUUUGGUCUUCUUCUUUGCUGUUUGGUGUCUCAGUCUCUUGGUAGAAAAGGCGAUUUUUACGAACGCUACAAAGAUGUAAUGUUCAAGAUACUGACCAAUGAGACAUUGGAGGAAGAAUGGUAUAAGCAUCUCAGAGAUUUCGGGGACCCGUACGCGCCCCAGUACGUGGACUUCCAGAGGUCAGAUGAGCAUGGCCGCGUCCGCCGCUCAAUUGACUGCGGCAGCCAGGUAUCUGAAACUGUUCCAACCUCAGUUCACCGUCUACGACCAGGAGAUAUCAAAGUGGUUGCCGCAAUGGGAGACUCCUUGACUGCAGGGAAUGGAAUUCUUGCCUGGACGGUUUUGGGGUGUUUGACGGAAUAUAGAGGGCGCUCAUGGUGCAUCGGAGGAGAUAAAUCCUUGGGACAGGGAGUUGUCACGUUGCCUAACAUCCUUCGCGCAAUGAACCCUGAAGUCCGUGGCUACUCUCUGGGCUACGGUGACGUAGAUAGCAGUGGCGCCAACCUUAACGUAGCGGUACCGGGAAAUAUUGCACAGGACAUGCCACCUCAAGCAGAGAAGUUGGUCCGUUUAUUGCAGGAAGAUUCUGCCUCAUUUGAACAUGACUGGAAGAUGAUAACUCUCUUCAUUGGCGGGAAUAACCUAUGUGACUUCUGUAACGAUGACCAUAAACACAGCGCCGGCGAAUACGCCAGAAACAUAAAGGCAGCCCUUGAUACUUUGUACGCUUCCGUUCCGCGUGCUUUUGUCAACUUGGUGCAAAUCUUCGAUAUCGGGCCAGUGGCUGAGCUCGGGACCGGGUUCAUCUGUGGUUUGGUGCAUGAUUCUGUAUGCGGCUGCGGACAUGACGCGCGUAAUCGUGAAGCCUUGAGGGACCUUGCCCAUCAAUACCAAGCUGCCACUGAGGCCUUGAUCAACGGCGGACGAUAUGACGGGAGAGAAGACUUCACUGUUGUUCUCCAACCGUUCCUACAGGAGACAACACCACCACGCAAAUCCAAUGGAGAUCCAGACCUGAGCUACUUUGCCCCCGACUGUUUCCACUUUAGUGGCAAAGGACAAGCAGCAUCUGCCAAGGCGUUGUGGAACACCAUGCUUGAACCAGUCGGCAGCAAGAGAACCGAGUGGCGCUUGUCGGACAGCCUGAUGUGCCCCACUGCGGAGCGCCCGUACCUUGCUACGGCAAGAAACAGCUAAAAAAUUAUUGCUGUGCAGCGUAAUAAGUUAUAUUCACAUUAUGAAAUUGCUUUUGAUUUUCAAAAUUAUAGAACUAUGGACUUUUGACAAGCAAUUGGAAAUAAAGCACGCCGAA